AUGUUAAUUAAUACAUUAAUUAAGAAAUGCGAUUUGCAGAAUGCCAACAACAUUUUGCUGACACCGAGGCAGAGAUGUGAGGCCAAAGAAUUGUUGCUGAAGAGUAAGAGCACACAACUUCCGGACGACACAGAUUUGAACGAUCUGUGGAAUGUUUUGGAAAAGAAGAAAGAUGCUUCAGUGGAUGAAAAGGAGUGGUUCAUCACCUACCCCAAGUUCCUCGAGGCUAAGCAAGAAGUUUGUUCCAAAGUCAGCUUCGAGUCCAAAGCAUCACUACUCCACAAUUGUGCACAAGAAAUGUUACCAAGUUAUGAGCACACCCUUGGAGUUAAAUCGGAGGAUUUGUUUAAUGUCACUCGCAUUCAGCAGAAUGAGUUGUUCACCUCACAGUUCUUGCUUGCACAAUCACUUACUCAAUUAUUCCAAUUGAAACCACUUGAGGGGAAUGAUGAGCGAGCUGUUAUUGAGUCGUGUGUGGAUAGUGGAGGAGCAAUUAGGCGUCAAGAAUGUGAUUAUGAAAACAGGGCAAUAGUUGUAGCAGAUGGAAAAUUGUGUGAAAUUGGACGCAAAUCAAGCAAUGAGAACGCAUUGGACAAGUAUGGUAUUGGUUCUUUUAACUCAGGUUUUGCGGUAAGCGAAGUGGACGAAGAAUACAAACCAUUCUACAUCAGUUUCGUGGUUCGCACGUUUCUCUUCUUCCUCGAUCCUCUGUGCGCCGAUCACAUUCGGAUCCUCGAUGUGCUUGCCUCUGGGCUCAUUGAACCACUUCUCCAACUGGCCGACACACCCUUGACUCAGGCACAGCUGGAGGAGAACCCCCUCACAAUCCAACGCGUUAUGAUUGCCUACACCAAUUUCCUUCUACUGGAUACUGAUAGGAGUGGAAUGCUCUCGAGAGAAGAGUCAAACAGACAUUUGCGUCAACCUGAAAGCAGUGUAGUAACUGAUUCUUCUCAUUCCCCAACAGCCUUCUUGGAUGGGGUGUUUCAAUCAUGUCUCACGUAUGGCGGUGAAAUGGACUUCAGAGUCUACCUCGAUUUGGUGCUAUCGAUAGAGAACCGCAAACUACCCCAAUCAAUCGCCUUCUUCUUCCGAAUUGUUGACUCGGGUGAACAAGGCCGACUGUGCGUCAAAAGUGUGAAGUAUUUGGUCAAAUCACUUUUCCAACUUCUUCCAGACGAACCUGAUGCUCGAACACUUCGCGAUGUAGUGGAUGAAAUCUUCGAUAUGCAAGUUGCAGAAACACGACUCUUAUUCAUUCCCCACUUUUGA